GGAGGAUUUGUUUGAACGAUACUGACCAACGCCCUGAGUUAUUCUGAUUGGAUAAGAUAAGAUAGAUAGAAUCAGUUGCAAAGAGAAUUUGUUACAAUCAGACUUCUUAAGUAUAGUUUAAAGACCUGCAUUGAAUGAAGAGUAAAACUAAAAGUUUAAUUAAAUGUAAGCUUAGAGUUGGAGCUAAAAUAUGUUUUUUUGUUUUAUGUUACUUUCAUUCAAAUUUAUUCAAAUAAUACAUUGAAUUAAGCCUAAUACUAAUAGUAAUACUGAGUAACAAAAGUUUAUUAAUUUUGUGUUACUCUUACUCGUAGGCCUGUGUUUAUUUGAGCCUGAGGUGAAUUAGUGUGAUAUUUCCUUAAUUUAUACCUGCCAGAAUCAGUUUGUGAUCUCUAGUGAAAUUGAAAUCGUAUGAUAGCACUAACUCAGUAACUGUUAGUAUUAAAACAACUGUUACAAGUUCUACUAGUGCUACUGCUGUUAUUCUAAGGUCAUAAUGGUGACAUGUGAGUGUGAAUAUACUAAUGUAAUAUUCUAAUAUACUAUUAGUGAUAGUGAAUUAGUAUCUCAACCAUUUACAGUACUCAAAAUCCUGCCCAGAAGAAGAGUAAAAUAAGUUGUAAAUUAAAUUCCUUCUUGAUGGCUCAUUUUUUGGUUAGUGUUAUCUUUGUGUGCAUCAUUUUGCCAGUGAUUAUUGUUUCACAAUUCAACUGGCAAACUAGAGAUAGUUUUGACACCAUUCGUAACAAACUGGAUAAAGUGACUAGUGAAAACUGCAAGGUCCUGGAUGUAAACGAUCUUUUCCUACCUUCAGACACUAUCACUCAUGUGCCUGAUAUAAAAACACUUGGUAUUGAUCCUGUAUUUCCAAAUCGUACCAACUUGUUGCAUAUUCAUAAUAUGGCUGUUACACGUGCAUUUUAUUACAGUUACAUUCUUCAAAAAGCACCAGAUAAUGAAGAGCCAGGAUUCAUGUAUUAUUUCCUUUCCACUAUUGCUGAUGUUGCUGCUAAUAGAUUCAUCAACAGCAGUGCCAUCUACUUUGCUCCAAAUAUGUCAUUCACACCCUCGUAUAAAGGUUUUUUUAAUAAAACUAUGCCUCUCUUCGCUCCAAGGGCUUUUAGAGCUGAUGAUUUCAAUGACCCCUACCAUCUAGAAGGAACAUCUACCUUAAAUACAAUAGAUGCAAUUGACCUGGGAGCAAUUCCAAAUUAUGUAAUGAGUUCAAACUAUACACAUGAGCAAUAUAAAAUAAAUGACUGGUACUUUGCUUGGCUACCUGAUCAAACAAGACGGCAUGACUCUAAGACAACCUAUACUGUGCAGAUCACUCAUUUUAAUGGAACCAAUGAAACAUUUGUUUGGCAUGGACCACCAGCUGCUUCAGAUAAUCCAGGUCCAGUUAAAUGGACUAAACCUUAUUUUGACUGUGGCCGCUCAAAUAAAUGGAUUGUUGGUGCUAGUGUCCCUAUUCCUGAUAUCUACCCACGCCAUACAGGCUGGCGGCACAUAGAAAUUCCAACGUAUGUAGCUGUGGCAGUCUUAGAACUUGACUUUGACAGAGUAGAUAUUAAUCAGUGUCCUAUUGGUGAAGGAAACCCAAGGCCCAACUAUUUUGCAGGUACAGCAAGAUGUAAAAACAGGACCACAGAGUGUGAACCAAUUCAUGGUUAUGGUUUCCGCCGUGGUGGCUACCAGUGUCGCUGUAAACCUGGAUUUCGUUUACCUCGUGUUGUUCGCAAUCCAUAUCUGGGAGAAAUCAUAGAGAGAGCAACACAAGAAGAGUAUAAUGAAGGAUUUCACUGCAAAAAUAUCAAUUAUUUAAUGGUCAUGACCCAAAAUGUGGAGAAAGUAAAAGAAGAAGAACGACUGCUUUAUAUAGGUCGUGAAGAAUCUCUUAUGGGGUUUGACAAUAUGACAUACAGUACACGGCUUGAUCCCACAGUUGUGGUAAAUUACAUGAGGAGAAAAGUAAACAGAUUCACUUGUGAGAAAAUUGCUGAAGAAAAUCCAGAAAGUUUGAUCCUGAAAGGGGACAUAGCUUUUGGGAAAGAGAAUCAGCUGGAAAAUGAGGCCAGAACAGCUAUCAGACUUGCUAACUUUAUAUCGGCCAUGCAACAAAUCAUUGACCCCGAAGAGCUAUUUGCAGAGUUUAGAGUUCCUGAUCGACCAUUAAAUGAAGAUCAAGUUAUUGGGGAAGUACUGGCUAAUGUUAUAGCUAAUGAAAAAAUUGUUGGUUGUGGAGUUUUCUUCAAUCGUAAUCAGUUUCCUAAUCGAACACUGUUUGCCCCAUAUGCUUACCGCACUAAGCGUAACACACAGAAUUUUUUUGUGGAAGACAUGGCAAGGCAUAGAGGAAGUAAGAUGUAUUUGAAUAAGGACUGGUUCCAACACUUGAAGGUGCGAUGGUUGACUAACACUGAUGAUCUUGAAACAUACACAACAAAGAUAAUGAUUCGUUACAAUUCUUCAGGACACUAUCCCAUUAGAUAUGACCACUACCCUCUUCAGUAUAAGGCUGCUGACAUUCAGCAUGGCUACUGGACAUCACCAUACUUUGACUGUAAAGGGUUUCAUAAUGAGUGGUUGGUAACAUAUGCAGCCCCAUUCUUUGGUUGGGAUAAAAUCAAAAGUCGUCUUGAGUUCAAGGGUGCAGUAACGGUGUCAAUGAAGUUGGAGGAACUUGAUAUAAAUCAGUGUCCAGAUAAUUACUUUGCCUCUAAUGCAUUUAAAGAUACACACAAGUGUGAUCGGAAGUCAUCGAGGUGUGUGCCAAUCCUUGGACGAGGGUUUGACAUGGGAGGCUACAAGUGUGAAUGUAAACAAGGUUAUGAAUAUCCCUUCAGCGAUCCUGUCACCUACUUUGAUGGGCAGAUUGUUGAAGCAGAAUUUCAGAAUUUGGUAGAUAAUAAGCCAAGUCGGUUUGACACCUUGAAGUGCCGACUUGCCUGUGCAACAACACAUUCUGUUAAUUCAGUCAUUAUUCUUUUUGUUAUUUUAGUUCACACAUUAUUCACUCAAAGUAAUGUUAUUUUUAAUCAUUGUUAUUAAUGACAUUUUAAAAUCAGUCAAACUCAUAAAGAUUGUGUAGUAAAAUCUCCCCAUUUUUGUUUAUUAUGACAACAACAGAUGGAAUAGUGGAAGGGUUUUUAGUAGAGGUAAAAAAUAAUUCAGUUUGUGUUUUUUGUUUAGCAAAAGGAUCUUUCUUGGGAAUAUUUUUAUACAUGAUGUUUUUAUAGUAUAGAAUAAGAGAUUUUACUCAUCACUUUUAAUGACUUCUUUUAAAAUAUAAACCUUUUGUAACAAAAAGUGAUGCAUAUGUCCGUCCAUAUUUUUACAAUUUUGUGUUGUAGAUCUGUUUAAGUAAUGUGAUAUUAUACAAAUACAACUUGUAUGCUUUAUACUUUAGAAUUAUGGUGAUGGUUACAUGUACACUUUUUAUAUGCUUAAGUGUUAUAAGAAUUUCAAAAGAUCUAGGCAGAUUUGAAAUUGUGUAUGUGUGUAAACAGCCACUAUUUGGGAUAACAAUUUAACCACUUAUCUUACAAGAGAUAAAAAGACAAAUAACGUGAUAGUAGAGAAGUUCAUUCUUAAACUGAUAUCACAAUAAAUAUAAAAGAUUUUCUAUGUGGUAGAUUUAUAGGUAUUUUAAUGUCAAAACAAUAUUUUAGAAUUGCACAGGCAAAGUCACUGUUUUAUAUAAUGAUAUAAUAUGCACUGUUAAAUUUUAAUUCACUUCAGUUUUCUUUCUUCUUAUAGUUGAGGAUAUAUAAAUUUUAUAAAAACAAAAUGGUUCAAUGAAUUUUGACAAGUUUAUCUUGUUACAUUUAUCUUUCAUGAACUCAGUUAUAUGCCUCAAAUGCAGGCUGAAGUGAUAUUAAUGGUAAACAUUUACAAAAUAAAAGUUAAACAGUACUGUAUACUUUAUGCUACACAUUUUUAUGCUGCAAAUGUUAAUUUUUUAUAUGCGACAGGGAAAUAUGUAUGUACUCUAUUCAGAGACUAAUCUGGAAUAAUCUACCCUAUCAAACAAAGAAAUGUAGUUCAUUAUGAUGAAUGUUCACUGGCAAGAAAACAAUUAUAUAAAUUCAAGUUUCGUUUUUGUUUUCACUUAGUGAAAAUAUUUGAUUAUCCACAAAAGUUGCUGUAUUACCUGAAUGAAAUAAAAACUUGUUUUAACAGUU